AUCUUUUAUCUCCCAUCUUCAUCAAUUCCAUUACCAGAUAUUCAAUAUCAAAUCGACACAAUUCCUACGCCCCAUCGUUCUUGUUGAGAAGCUCUUUCACCUAAUUCCUAAUUACCUUAUUAUUAAUCCAUCAGAUAAAAGCCCAAGCGCAUCUGAUAAGAGACACCACGUUGCUUGAAUGUAUGGAAUACGACCAUUAGCUGGCAACCAAUUAUCGUACGGCAUUGUUAUUAUUAGUAUUGAAUAUUGAAUAUUGAAUAUUGAACCCCACCAAAAUGUCGAGUAUUGGAAUUAAUAAAACCAGCCAUAAUGCCACCAAACUUGCGACUCAUCCCCCGCCCAAGAAGACCAGAAAUAUGGCUUCUACUUUCAAAUCCCUCUUAAAUUCUGCCAAGCAAUCCAUCUCGGGUCAAUCCACACCAAUUCCUGGAACUCCUUCAGAAAAUACUCCAUUCGAGAAAAUAUUCCCCAAAGUGGACCCGGCGGUGGAUGGAGAUGAUUGUGAUCAUGAUUGCGAAUCGUGUCAUGUAAAAUAUCCAAAAGGCUUCAAGAUAGAUGAGGAAGAUGAGUUAUAUGGUCAUGUCAAAGGAUGGAGUACACAUGUUCUAGUUGCAACAGGAAAAUCGGAUUGGGUGAGAGAUGUUGCAGAUGAGAAAGGGAGCGUAAUGCAAGCAAUCGAUCAUGGUUCUGUUAAACCAAGUAAUGGGAAGCUUAUGCUCUCCGCGUCCAACAUACCCACACCUUCACAUUCGACAGAUUAUUCGCAGCCUACGACGGUACUUCUAUUACCUGCAUUCAUCGUGAUUGACAACGUUACUCCACAAUCGGUGCCAGCUCUGAUUACAGAGUUCAUCAACAAAGCCCCUACCAAUAUGACCCCUCUUGGACCUAUUUCGAUACCCCAGUCCCUCUCCGAUCCUCUUCCAUCUGCAGAACAACUCACAUCACGUCCGUCACCCCAUCGAGCACUUGUCCUUCUCUGUUCGCAGAAAACUCGCGAUGCAAGAUGUGGACAAAGUGCGCCAUUACUGAAGAAGGAGUUCGAGAGGCAUUUGAGACCACUGGGACUUUUCCGCGAUUUGGAUGAUGAUAGACCAGGAGGAGUGGGUAUAUACUUUAUUUCUCAUGUCGGAGGACACAAAUAUAGUGCAAAUGUCAUGAUCUACCGGAGAUCUGACGCGUUUGGGUUGGAUGGUGUUGAAAGAGCCAACACGGAUGGGGAUGUGAUGCCAUCGCAAGUGGUACCUGGAGAAGAUGAGGAUAAGGGUGCUGCUCAAUGUAUGUGGCUAGCAAGAGUGAAACCUGAAGAUUGUGAGGGGAUUGUAAAAUUUACUAUCUUACAAGGCAAAUUAAUUAAGCCGGAAAGUCAAUUGCGAGGUGGGUUCGAUCGGCAAAAAGGACUCUUCAGCUGGUAGGAUUCGGUCGACAAUCCAAGGACCUUAGAGGAGAGGUUUCAUUCUGUGUAGCUAAGGAAGCAUUUAUUAAGGAUGUUUUGGAGCAUUUAGAUGAGAUAUAAGCAUUUAAGCAUAUACCUAACCAUCAUAGAGUUAGAUGAUAGGAAAGCACUACAACCAGCGAGAGGUUUUAUUAAUCCUUCCAGCCAACGAAGUAGAAAAUUGAGUUUUCUUUCGACAAAGUUCCGAGGGACCCAUUGAUUUAUUGAAAUUAUUUUCGAUUUUUCUCUGGAAUUGAUUGAUUGUCAAAUUCUUGGUACUGAUUGAGUAAGGUAGGAUAAAUCCCUAGGUAUGGGAUGAUAGACAGUAAUCAGAAGCAAGGAUGAUGAUUGGAUCAGAGGAGAGAGAAGAAGUAAGAAAAAGAAGAAG